AUGAUGUUCCUCUCGCGUUGGGUCCGCAGUCCGCGUCUCUUUGAAAUCGACUUUGCGCCCAAUCAUGAACUCUGUGCUCGCCUGACCGAGUUCUUGUCGGAGGUGACGACUUGCCACCUGCUGCAUACUGCUCGAGCCAUCGAGCAGUGGAUAAAUCAUGCUGACAUCCCUCCCUACCCGUACGUUGACGUCAGCCCCUCCGUCUCGGGGGAGACAUUGCGUCCUCCGGACGAGCCCGGUAGGCUCAGUACUGGUGGGCACCUGCACGAAUCCCCGGCCAAUUCGUCCCCUGCAUCUCCAAUUUCCCUGGUCCCUCGUGUUGGUGCGCUCUUUGAGGGGCCCGAUCACAUUGAUCUGCUCCAGGUGCUUUAAUUUUCUCAUCUGUGUCUUUUCUUUCGUAAAGUAGGGCAGUUCGGGAAGAAAGCGGUUCUCUUUUCUCGCGGUAUUUCAACACUUCUGCUGUAGCCACCAUCAUCAGCAAAUUUUAAGGCAAAUCUUCCGAAAAGAAGGAGGACAUGCGAUCACCGCGACGGCAUUUGUAUUUUUCUGGGCUUUUGGACUCGUAUAGAGGACCAUUUUCAGACUUUAUGGAAGUGCAGCAACAACAACAUGGUGUGACAAUGAGGGCGAGGAAAGGGAGAGGCUGCUGUGCUCGCGACUGGUCUGGAUUUACACCGUCUAACUCGCAAUGGUUUCACGGUUCGGUGACCGUGUGCAUCCUUGGUUGGGAACGGUGUCCCUAAAACAGGCCACGCCGUAGAUGCGUCGGGGCCAAGAACGGAGUCCGGUAGGCGUUAUCGAGAAUUCGCACCCAUAAAAAUGUCAACAUUAGGGUGUGGUGGCAUGCCCAGUUGCAGGUUUACUCUGCGGCAAUUGGAUCCGCGCUGUCCCCUAUGUGUUGUGGUAUAAAAUCCUGGUCGGUGUCCGUUGUGGACGGGGGGUGUGGUGGUGUGCGGGUUUCACCGUGCCAGCCACCUGCCGACUCUCGCGCCUCCGGUCUUCUUGACUUGGCCUUGACACCGGCCCCGAGUGAGGGAGGAGGAGGCGGAGAGAGUGGGGCAGGUGCUACUAUCACUGAAUUCACGCGCAAGUCACCGGCCCUGCCUUAACCCUGAUGUGGAACACACGGUGGGCAUCGUGGGUCACGGCGGUUGAGCUGUCGUGGCUGGGAAUUGGGUCGCGCCAUUCGGCUGCGUGAGCUUAACUCAAUAACAGUGGUUAUGUGUUAACGGGUCUAUCGGUGGAGUUGGUGUCAGUGACGACCUCCAGCAGCUCUCGCCCGGCCAUGUCGCCGGUCCGCGGCAUUAUCCGAGUGUACACGAAGUCGGAUUUGUGACUCUCCUCCAGGAUGUGGAUGGCGACUUGAGGCAGAGUGGGUCGCCUCUUCAAACGCCUCGUUUGUGCUCGAUCAUUUGUGAGCUGAGUCGUCGUGCCAUCCGACCUAUAUACUGAUGAGGACAUGGAUAAACUGCACGCGAUUGCUCACCUGCGUACAGUUGGUCCUUCAUUUGCAUGACUCUGAUACGCAUGACAGGUGUCGGGCUAUGCUCGAUAGCUACGCCAAACUUUGUGGCUAAACGUCCUGUUGCUUCUGAUGCAUUGCUUAUAUACGGACUGUCCCAGAGGGUUGGUGGCUCGCCCGUUUGUUCUUCGUUGGCGUGUUCCGAGGCAGUGUCUGUUGCAGUUGUCUGAGUAGCCGUUCCUAAUUGGUCCUAGGGAUGCCUUAUUUCCUGUACCUGUUCCUCUGGUUUGCUGCAGUGCAUUUUUACUCUUUGAAAGAGCGCCUAACGCGGCCACGUCUGUGCGCCAUCGAGUGCCCACUGUGAUGGUGUACAGUGAUACUUGAUUGUCAGUCGUAUUUCGACUCACCUUGGUGCCAAGUUCACCAUUGGGUCCGAGCAUGACGAGAAUGUCAAGGACAAAAGUCUGACCUCUUCCUCCAUUGCGAACUGAAUGUCGGCGAAGAUGUGUUUAAACACUUUCUGGAAGCCUGCUAGUCUACCCCCCUCAAUCAUAACGAACAUAGUGGCGCCAAAGCGCAGGUUCGUAGUGGUUCAAGACGAGUUUUUCCGGUUAUUGGCGGACCAAUUCUGAAACUAGACUGGAGAUCGGGGAACCUGUCAACGUUCCUUUCUGAUGGCACAUCUCCAAGAACAAUUAGGAAGGAACGGCUAUACUCAGACAACUGAAUCAGCCGCUGCCUCUGUAUGCGCCAAUGAAGAACAAACGGUAGACAGCCACCAACACUUCACCCCUGUCUGCAUUAAUUUCUAACGACCAGACGAGUGCAUUAUAUGCCCAUUCAACGGAUGCUUCACUGGCCUCAACGUUCAGAGAAAUUGCCGUAACCUAUUCGGACUCCAUUACGAUCGCAGCCUUAGACUCUAAGUUGCGUCGAUAAAGUGCUCCUGCUUGAUUGGAAUAGUGAAACCUUGGCGCGGGGGGGAUGCCGUUUUGUUAGUGGCGGUGUUGUUUUUUGUACAUAGUUCAUGAGGCCGUUUUCUAUCGAGAACAGGCGCUGGAUAUCUCCGCCGUCACCUAAUCAACCAUAGUGUUGCCGGCAUGCAGGUCUAAGGACUAUGACCGGGAUGUCGCAGACUUCGCGCAGUCUGUUUCAAAUGUUCUCAACAAUUUCGCCCUAAAGGGUUUGUGCACGCCCCAGGCUGGUAUCCACUCUGAUAGCGAGGCGUCGUUCGUGUUUGUCGUUAUCCCGUACUGCAGCGUCCAUUUUUUCAAGGCGCUGUCUUCCUGUUAGGUAAUUUUCGUGGUUGAAUCUGCGGUCACAACUACGAGACGGCUAGGGAGCGAUUGGUCGAGCAGUCGGAUCCGUACAUUAUAGUUGUCACAAAAGGCCUUGUGAUCUCGCCUCCUGGCGAGAACUCAGUUCGACGUUUUCCAGCGACGUAGGCGAGCGUGCGUACACAACAGUUUUAACUGUUUUACGAAGUUCUUUAACCGUUGUCAUUGCGGACCCCUACUCUCUGACAACCACGUAGUCCGCCUAUGCAUUGUAACCUAUGUCGAUUUGUGUAUUGGAGUCACCGAGGAUUCGUUUAUCCGUCUUCAGCACUGACACGAAGAGGAAGCGAAAAGUCUGCCCUAGCACUUUUGAAACCUAUAUGCCGAUAUUAGUGGGGGAUUUCUUGCCAAUGAGUGAAGGCCGCAUUUUGGUGAGUCGGUUGUUGAUUCCAUAGGGGACGGAGGACAGUGUCCUGACGAUGGUCUCUCUAACGACGAGGACCUCCCCAACAUCUCUUGAUUCUUCUUUUGGGUGACCGCUUCAGAAGUAGACUGCUCUGAGUACUUCUAAUUGUCCAUACUCAAUAGGACCGUGUCUUCCUGGUGGUAUCAAUGUCUGCGUCGUAUCCGUCGGUUUUGCGGACGACCUGAGCAGUCGGUCCUUCGGUUAGCUGAAAGUGAACUGGCAUUGCAGGCUGCCGAGCCUGGUGGCGGAGAGGAAGGGGAUUGGGUUUCAACCCCGUGUAUUGCAUACAACAACAACGUUCAGUUGCGUGCACUGUGUAAAUCAGGGCUUUUUGGAGUACCUUUCCUGGCCUAUUACCCGCGGAGGUGCUGAUUAGACGUUUCAGGUGACCGUUGGCUCACGAUGGAAUGCAGUGAGGAGACGAUCGAAUUAACAUAGGUCAGCCAGCGAACUUCAUGUCACCCUCAUUGUAAGAAAUUUUUGGGCUGGGUGGCGUUACCAAGGUGGGUCUUUGUGUUAGUAACUUUUUCAUGGCAUUUUAGCGGGGAGGGUUUGCACAGGAUGGGUCGCACUCGCCCGAUCUUAUUGUGAUCCACUGACAAGGCUACGUCGACUGGCAAGGAGACUGGACUCAGUGCUGACCUGGUGCGAGUCUCGUCCACACGGCCCACAACACCGAUGCCUCAUCUGUUUCUGCCGCGAUUAGUGGAGUGUCACCACUGGGUGCAUAGACACAUGCACCCAGCGGGGCGACCACCACGUGCAUUUAGACCCGCAGGGUGUAUUCAUGCCCAGGACACACCUCAUAUGCCCCGUAGUGACAAAUGCAUCAGGCGUCGCAUGCGUUUCCACCAGAACUGCGGAGCUGCCCGUCAGCCUGAUGAGAGAUCACCUCGAAGCCAAGAUUUCAUUUAUGCUUGCGAAUUUACGACCUAAACAACUGCCGUGUGGACGCAGUGAUGAUCAACUGCUUCCGUCAGGGAAAUAGCGCCGCUAUUUUCAUGUGUUCCUUUUUAAUGAAGUAGUUUAAAGUGGAACAUGCAUACAUGUUCAAACGCCGUCCCUUUGGAACAAUUUCGUCCACCGCAAGGCGAGUUCUUGUGAAUUUCCUGAUACAGCGCAUUCCAAAUCGACAAGGAAGAAAUUGUCUUCUGUUAAACUGACUCGCUUGAAACUUUGAUGUGACGGUUGGUUAACAACAACAGUUCUUAUUUUCUUCCUUAUUUCCCACGAUAAGAUAGCUUUUCUUACAUGUGAGUAGCGUUCUCCAAUCUACCCCUAUUUCGGCGUGAAAUUUAGCAGUUCCGUCUUCGCUUAAAACUCCGAUUUCAGAACCCGCGUCUGGCGCGUAGCUGUGAGCAACCUCGCGUUGAUAUGUCGGUGACAAAAAGGCGGCGGGCACUGUAAGGGCCCGUUUGCCGUCAUCGCCCCCCGGUGAUGGCAUACACGGCGUUUAAACUAGAGCCCAGUAGGUCCGUUACCGAGGCUUUGAAGUUCGACACUCCAUCAACCUGGACUACUAGGCUCUCUUCCUCUGUCAACAACGGUCGACCAUAUAUAUGCAGUCACAUGGAAGUGGUGCUCUCGCAUCUGCCCUGGUUGCAUGACAGGAGUGGGGAUUUCUGUACUGCCUUGUGGCGGUCCGUCUAAGCAUCGCAUUUGGGCCUCAAGAUGACUAGCGAAACCGGAGUUCCCGUUCCCUCCCAGCAAUCAGUGCGCACCACCCCCAUGCUGCCGAUCGCAGCUGGCAGGACGUGGGUCCGUGGUUUGAGGGGAGGUGGGGGAGCGCUUGAUUUAAUAAUGCCCGAUGACCUGUCGAAUUGGGCUCAAGCUUCAGUCAUUCGGGCUUUAUCUGGGGCACCACUGGUGGACGACGGCACGAGAUUCUGAAAGGAUCAUUCCAGUAUUCCGAGUCUUUGUAUUUAACACUUCUCAAUUGCCUUCCUCGUCAAGCUCGCUCCUAGUAACUCACAAAUUGUUGUUUUUUAACGUCGUCUUCCUGCAGAUCCACCCUACGGAGUUGGCUGAACAGGUCACACUGCACGAGUGGGACCUCUACCGGCGCAUCAACUUCCUCGAGGUGGUUAGCGGGGAGGACACUCCGGAGAAGGCACCCAAUCUUCGCGCCUGUAAAGACUUUUCCAAUAAGGUGAGUUGUCAGGCGUGUUGCUACUUGGCGUCUGUGUUCCACCGGUGUGGAUAAAGGACCGCUUGUCUGGAACCUGAGCUUUUAUCUAGUUGUCAGUCAAUGGUUCUCUUCGACUUCUCACCGUUUUUUCCCAUUUACCAUUCAGCCUGUGGAGUUAGAGGUAAUUAGAAAAGAAAAACGGCCCUGUCGUGGUUAUCCGAUCUGUUCUUCCCAAUUCAGAACUGAUUUGUUGAUAGCACUUACUCCCUACCAGUAGGUACUUUUAGCGGGUCGGUGGUUAUAUCCCGAGGGUAGGCAGUAAUGUCAAAACGUAGCUAACUAAACUAGGGACACCGCCAAGAGUAUCGGUGUGUCUGCAUGGAAAGUAACACAUCAAACUACGAACUGACAGUGUCGAUCAACUGUUCUGCCCCUAAUUUUAAUUGCCGAGGGGUUUUAGGCGCACUAAUACUUGCUAGAUGGGGUUGUAUAGCCCCACCUAAUGCAUACAGUAAUGUUGGGGUUGGGGUUAGGGUUAGAGGUUAUGGCUAGGGGCUAGGGUCAGGGGUUAACGCAACUAUUUCUCAACCACUCAAAGUACAGUCGCGCAUUCCCAAUAGCUUUUCUUUUGUAUACAACUACUUGACCUCGACUCCUGUGUGUUCUCCGGGCCCAUCUGUAAAAACCCCUAUUACCACCGGUCCCGUAUUACAUGUGGCUGGGGUUUGUUUACUUCAGGUUGGGCUAUAUAACAUCUGACCUCCCAUAUACUAUUCGGCCUGUGGGGUUAGAGGUAGUUAGAAAAGAAAAACGGCCUUGUGGUGGUUAUCCGAUCUGUUCUUCCCAAAUCAGAGCUGAGUUGUUGAUAGUCACUUACUGCCUACCAGUAGGUACUUCUAGCGCUUUUAGGCACAUGCCACUUGUUCGUCGAGUUCACCCGCCAGAUCGGGGAGGCUGGUUGAUCUAAGGCCCCUUGGCAACUAAAAUUAGGGGCAGAACAGUUGAACGGCAGGGCAUAAUAGGAGGCAGGAAAAUCUAGCAAGAAACUAUCAGUUUGUAGUUUGAUGAAUGUGUUACUUCCCAUGCGGACACCUCGAUACUCUUAGCUGCGCUCUUACUUUAGUUAGCUACGUUUGGACAUUACUGCCUACCCUCGGGCUAUAACCGCCGACCCCACUGCUUGGUAGAAAACUGUGUUCACUUAUCACUGUGGCGCGGAACCUUUUUGCUCCGAAGGCAGUACUUUGUGUCGCUAUGUUGGAUUGUGAAGCUGUUUAUCCCACUCCACUGGAAUCUAAUUCCCUCACCUUUUUCCAGUUCCACAGGUGGCUUGUGUACUCCAUCUUAUCGGAACGGAAUGCGGAAGACCGCACGUUGGCCAUUCAACGCGUCCUCGACCUAAUGCUCAUUUUUGAGCAUUUCCAAAAUCAACAGGGUUUCCAGGAGGCCAAGGCCUCUCUUGUUAGUUCCGGAGUGUUCCGGCUAAAGAAGUCAUUCCAGGUGCGUUGGCUUCCAACUUUUUGUUCAUUUUACCUGCAUGUAGGCGCCUUCAUCUUCCAUGCCAUUCCCAGCUUAUACACCUACACCUAUGCAUAGCUUGAAAAGCACUGGUAGUGACUGUCUGUCAAUAUAUUUUCUAGAUAAUUUAUAACUGAACUGAUAAAAUAUCGUUUUGCGGAGGUCCUUUGAUUAGAGAAGGACAGACAGCCUUAUCUCGUAAAAGCUCCCUCCACACCCUCCACACCGAAUCUCCUGCCAGAAACCAAAAAAGCACUAAUACCUCUGCUGUCACUAUGCUACUGAUUGCUUGUUGACAGCUUGUAAAUAUGAUGUGGUUAUUCCGCUGAUGGAUUUCCGCUCGAAUAUUCAUAUAGUAACUUUCGAACGAAGCCUAAAAAGUUGUGUUCUGAGGGAUUUACAGUAAGUGGGCUAACUCAUGAAAUCACUACAGAAAUUCCGAGAUGCGUUUUCUUUUCGAAAAGAUUAAUUAAGUAGGGUUGUAAAACUAGUCAGCCCGCAACGCAAUUCUAUAAUAUUUCAGUUACUUCUGGAUGCCGCCUUUCAACUUUCCUUCCUUACGGCUGCAUGCAAAAACUACUUAAGUAGCAUGCAUUUUUUCAUUGAUUUUUGAUGCUCUUAAAGAUUUAAUUAUGUUCCAUGGAAAGCAUGCAUAAAAAUAUUCAUUCAUUUGCUCAUUAAGUAGAAAAUGACGUCUUCUUUCAAUUUUACACUCGACGGAAGGGUGUAAUUUUGUUUUGUUUUGUUUUCCAAUUCCCGAAUAAUUUUGAACCCGACCUGCCUUUACACGUGCAUUCAGGGUUCCAAAACUACAAGCCGUAUAAUUUCCGCGUUCGGAAAACCAUACAUUUCUCUUUCGUAUUAAUAGGUGACCGUAUGGGGUUUAUAAAAUUAAGCAGUGGGUUUGAGCCACAUUGUUAACUUUACAAGCCACUUUGGUAAAUGCAGAGACAUGACCUUUUAUGAAGGGCCAUUCCACGGUAUUAAAAAAUCUUACAAUGAGAAACUUUUUUAAAACCUAACUAUACCCUUUAAUCGAGUGUAAAAUUGAAAGAAGAGGUAAUUUUCCAUUGAAUGAGCAAAUGAAUGAACAUUUUUAUGCAUGUAUUUCAUGAAAAUAAUUGAAUCCUUAAGGGCAUCGAAAAUCAAUUAAAAAUGCAUGCUACCUAAGUAGUCAUUUUCUGAAAAGUAUGGUCUUUGCAUGCAGCCGAAAAGAAGUUAGUUCGAAAGCCGGCGUCCUGGGUUAACUGAAUUACUACAGAAUUGUGCUGUACGAUGAUUGGUUUUACAACCCUACUUAAUUAAUCUUUUCGAAAUGAAAACACAUUUCGAAAUUUCGGUUGAGAUUUCAUGAGUUAGUCCACCUACUGUACGUGCAUUAAUUUCUUCGGAAAUUAUGCAAGGCAGGAUGUACAGUUCCUGAACUAACUCAUGGAAAUGUGUCGAAAUUUACGAAUGAUUGCCAAUCACUCGCAAACCGACAUCAUUUCAUGAGUCCCAUUUCUUUGUUAAUUAAGUCCAAGUUUAAAAGACUUAAAAACAUAAAAGAAAUAUUAUAGGCAGUGUUGCGUUGUUAAGAAAUAGCGAUUUAUUUUGCAAAGCGCAAUAUCCCGAAAACGUCAGAAAUGGCUCUAAUUAAGUAAAGUUCGUUUUUAGAUGCAUAGAAUGUAUUCGAAUACCAAAAAUGUAGUAAAUAUGAAAGUAGACAUAAAAUAGCGUCUAAUACCAGUGUUUUAGUGAAGUUUACAACUAAAUGUCGUUUAAUAAGCGGUGUGAUUUCAUAGGUGACGGUUUGUCAACUGCCUACAUUCUGAGGGUAUAUUCCAAAACAGUUUUCCAGUGAUUCCUGUUUUUCUGAAUUUGGUCGAAGUAAAUGAGAUGGGGUUCAACAAGAGAAGCUGGAUUUUGCUUGAUUUCGCCGAUGAGGACGUCGUAGGAUCAAAAGUUUUCAUAAGGUGACAUGCCAUAAGGAUUGUCAAUGCCUAAUAAAUUUGAAUAGAACUGACAGGCGUGAUCUUAAACAUACCAUUUUGUGUUUAUACAGAGAACUUUUCAUCUGUUAAAUUAAUUUACACAUUUCGGUCGUUUUGGAUUACGUUGAGUUCCAGAUCGGCCUCGAAAUCUUGCUGAAUACAUCAUGAUUUUCAGUGUUUUCACCCGAUCGCCCAUAAAGACAGAUUCUAAAUUACCUGUCUGUUGAGAACUUUAAAAUAAGAUCGUUCUUGAAGGCAUUUACCGAAUUAGUGAGCGUUCAGGCGCUCCUUUUCCCGAAGAUGGUCGUUUGGGUCACAUUUGAAGACUCAUUCAAACAUGAAACUUCAUUUUCGAGAAAAAUGGCUGUCCACGACGAAAGUCAGCAACGAAUAUGCCUUUGAUCAAUAAAAAAACUUUCCUCAAUAAGUUAACUCUUUAAGAAGUGCUUUUUUACUGCACUCCUUUGACGGAUCUCUGUGUACUUUGCAUUUUUGCACGGUGAGGCCAAUGAAAAAUUUGACAAUUUUGGCCGUUUCUUUCGCGUUCCUGAGAAAUACUAAUAUUUUUCUACUGUGAACUUAAGAACAUGCCUUUCUCUAUACAUUGAGGCCAUUUCCACUGUUUUUGCUCGCUUUUAGACUCCGUUCUUCGAUUAUGAAUGCACGUCAGAGCGCCCAUAUAACUACUGAUAUUUUGAUGAAACUAAAAGUGUUUUGCUUGUUCUAUUUCUGCAAAAAAGUAUGCGCAGAAGUUAAAAUACUAGAAAAGUUGUGUGUCAUCUGUUUAAAUCUGGAAAUGACCAUUCCGUGAUGGUAAUCUAUGUGACAUCAGGUAGAAUUUUCCAAAAGACAAGAAAAUUUCAGCCAACUUACACAAAGGAAUCUCUAUCCGCGUUAUUAUUGCACUUUAGGGCACCAAAUCGCACAGAUCUGCUUAGUUGACAUAAAGGAAUUGAUAAAACCCCCUGGUUUUCUUAAAAUAACCUUUUUAUUAGCAGGUUGAUAACCAUGGUCAACAUCGGAUAUGAAAUAAAAUUUAUAGUCCGGCUAAAUCUGUUUAUUAAAACUCUCGAAGGUGAAUUACUAUCCUUCCAAUGAAAAAGCCGCUCAGAUGCGUAACUGGAGUCUACGACAUGUAUUAGCAUAGGAAAUUGCACGAAAAUAUUCCAACGUCUAUUUUAGCAGAAACUUAUUGAUAUUUUACUUGAUAUAAUUACGUAAACACAAUUUCUGAACAAGAAAAGGACAUUUCAUUGAAGGAUGUGGGUGAGCGAGCAAAAUGCGCCACGUUAAAGGCGUCCAGAAAUUCUCUCGUCAGUUUCCGUUAUCAGAUUUCAUGAGAUAGGUCACGUACUAUAAGUGAUCACCCAUCGAGAGACCACAUCUCCUGGCCCUCCGCAGGAUUGCUUCGGAAGGCACCUUAGGCUGUCUUCCAAAAAACGAUGGGCAAUAUUGCCUAGUAGCGCGCACAUCGGUCAGGCGGUGCUGGGUCUACGUGAGUCCCCAGCUGUUGCCGUACGUGUGACACGCGCUAGAGGGGGUACUCAAGUCACGCUAGCCACUGCACUCAAUGCUAUCCCCAGUCAGUUGUCAGGCUCGGGCGGACUGCUAGCACAGCGAAGAGGCGAGGUGGAUGCAAGUCGAUCCAGUCCGGAUCCAACGCCUAAUUUUUCCUCCAUAAAUAACCGGUUGCUUUAACACCCGUAUGCUCAAGGUUGUCAACCGGCAGGAUUACCCGCUGCUACCCAGGACCGAGGGCCAGGCUGCAAUGACUCCCCUCUAGUGUGACUUUGAUAGUGCUCCAACUCAUGUGGGGCCCAGGACGCGCCUACUGAGGCUUGGUAUGUGUGGCACACAUAGCUGGACUGCUGAGUCCUAUUAGCCACCGCGUCCACUCCCCUAUCCGAUCGUCCUGACUUUGUCCUGCCUUCAAAACACGGUGAAUUUGAGAUGAGAAAGUGAAGUUGAUGUAGAGAGAGAGAGUCUGCUUACUAUAGAAAAACUUAAUCUGUAAGUUGUCUGUCUCUUUUCUGGACAGCGGUGGUUCGUAUCGUUUGUAACGGCCGAAUAACUUCCCGAGACAAUCGUUUUGCAGCCACCGGGAUUGGGAUUAGUUCAACUUGUGGGAGCUACUUUUGGUUGGACGAUCGAUUCAGACAGUCAACUACGCCAUUCGAGAAAAUUGUCAGCCAGACAUUUACGGGGAGCCAAACGAACCAAGUAAAUAGCACUUGACUUAUGCACGAGCUGUUUUGCAUAUAGAUUCCUGUGUACAAGUGAGACCGUGUCCUCGGACAGAUCCCUCAACACGUUCAGGGUCAGGUUUGCAAUUCUGAAGCCGAUGUUUAUGACAUCUACCAUAUUUGUCACCACGCAUGAAUCACAUUGUUUAUCACACGAUGAGUGCUUUUAAUGCUGAUUGCGUCGGUGCGAGCCGGUUUUUUGCGGUACGACCUUGUCAUGCUGCCACUAGAUCUGUGAGGAACACAGCACCGCGAACGCCGCCUCUCGACCAUCAGGAACUGAACAAUAACAAUCGGAAGGCGUUACCUCAAAGGUGACAGUACAAAGCACUCACGGGAAAGUCAAUGACUCAGUUGCCCUUCCUUAUAUGUGAAUCUCCUAACAAUCCUCGGUGUGAUUUCAACAAGUCUAUGAAAUAUUGUCAGAGGAGUCUACCCCAAGCAUACUAGGGCUGACAGCGAAGUAGUAAAGCAGGGCGUGGUCAUAGUUGUUAAGCACUGUGUUUAAACACUUGUGCUGAAUUAAGUAUCCGCAACGAUGGCUUACUCAGCAUUUUGCUCAGAUGAUCAGUCAGCGCAUGUUUAAGGGGAGGUUGAAUGGAGAAACGAAAAGGGGUCUGGUCGCCUUUUAUCAGAAUGUUAACACCUAGCAGUAUAAGCGGUGGAUAUUGGAGGAGAACGCACAGCGAAAAGACCGCCUCACAGAAUGCUGACGUCCCCCUUCCUAAACGUUUAUACAGGAGCUGGAAUUCGACCGUCGACUUUCGUCUCCUGCCGGAAUCUCGGUUCUACUGAACACGUACAUGACUUUCUGGCCCUUAGAUCCCUCCAACUUCCAUCGUUCCCCCAGCCUGUCAACUGGUACCAAGUUCCCCUCCCCCCUCUCCCCGUUUGUACGAAAACACCAACCCAGAAUGCUUGUUAAUGAAACCACUGGAGACGCACUAAGAGGAUUUAUCGGCCUUGUGGAAAGCUGAGUUUACUCCCGCAUCAGCAUUUCACGGUACAAUCACAUUUACCGUUAAUUACUACACUACACGUUUUCGACGCCUAAUUUGCCUGUAAAAUAUUCAGACUCCGAGCACCCACUAAUUACUCAUUCCUUACUAGUCAAUUAUAUAACACGCUGAAGGCUGGUGCGUAUACUGUCGUGAAUACGCACACUUCUUGCUAAAUGUACUUUCAAUGACUCAUCGUGUCUUACGCACACAUUUCUUUUUUUAAAAAAACUAAAAUUGCAGUCAGCAACACCUGAUGUCGAUGCGGAAUGCGGCCAGCAAAUGUGUUACCACUUUUAUUGUGAAGCUUGGAUCCCAGUUUUAGCCAGAUAUCAUCCAGGCCGACAGGCACGUCAGAGUGCCUAUUAGAAGUCUGUGAGGUUAGUAAUUCUUUCGUUGGUAAAAAUAGGUGCUUGCGCUUCCCAAUUCGUAUCGAGCGCCUGAGGACCAGACGUCAAGAGAGGGGUCCUGGGUUUCUCAUCGAAAAGGCCUGCAGCUUGCUCGCCAGCCCAGAGAAGGACUGACGUAUCUGGUCAGUUGGCGACCCUCUAGGUCGUGACUUCUAGCGCCUCGUGGUAAUCUAAAAGCACACAAGGUUUAGUACAGUGAGGAAUCUAAGCUUUGAAUUGUCGGGAGAAAAGUGACCCGGGGGUCGGCUUCGCUUUCUCCCUUCUCUCACCAAGUGCCCGUGGAAAGCAUGCAUAAAACCGAAUGCAGAUGAUCGAACGGGGCGCUGAAGCGUGACACACGCACACACCCACACCAGUCUGCCUUGCUUCCGGAGCAAACUAUAUACAAACGGGGUGGCAAAGAUCAUGAGUAAACUGCUGCCCACUAGGUCACAUGACCAUCAACCUAGUGGCAGCAAAGGAGGAUACCGACACAAAGAUGGAGGCAGAUUAGGACCGCUGUUUUUUGGAUUAUUCGGGCCUUUUUGAUUGGCCCUGACCAGCACCCACGAUCAGAAACAAUUCUGUGCAUCCUCUCUGCUCAUGUGGUCCAUGAAAGUACAGUACCUGAAGAGUGAGUUCCGUAACACAAUCGAUGAGCGCUCCCCUAGCAAAGUACGGUAAAGUGGUAAAGAGGUGCUCACCAAUUGCGUUUCGGAACUCAUUCGUUUCGUUAGGACUUGGGACUCCCUCUCUCUCAACCCCCGCCAGCAGCCGCACAGCGACGCCUAGCAUAGGCAGAAUAACAUUACUGACAGAGGCAAGGGAGGCUGGAAUGGCCAUUCAUGGCUUGCUAGCCGUCGUCAGCCAGCCAUGCCCAACCCCAGAGAAUGCAACCUCCGAGGCCCGAACCCGCGACCCACUGGUUAAAGUACAGUAAAUUUGCUAACUCAUGAAAUGCUCGGCUAAUCGCUCACAGAACAGCACGAACGAAUGGACCAAAGCUUCGAAUUGAUAAUAAACAACUUUAAGCGAUCUGAAAACAGAAGGAAUACUAAAAGUGAUAUUAAGUUGUUUAGAAAUUACAAUUUUUGGAAAAGCAGAAAUUCCCUGAAAAAAAGCGUCGCAAAUAAAGCAGCACCAAUAUAAUAGCGUUUGAAAAUAGUCUGUUAGUGAAAUUUGCACUUAAAUGUCCUCUAGGAAUUAAUGUGAUGUCGACUAUGUUCGUUGGCCAUCAGCCUACAUUUCCAAAGCGUUUUCACGAGAUUCAACUGUAUUUUUUCUGUUUGUGUAUUGUUUAAGAAGCGGUUGGCAAAGGCGAUGAGAAAUUCACUUGAUCUCACGGACAUAAACGUCAAACAAAUAAGUUUUUAUGAGGUCAAAUGGCAGGACCGUCAGUGAUUGAUAAAUUUGAAUAAAAAUUAGCAGCUGAAAUCGUAAACGUGCCACUUUGUGCAUGAUAAAAAGACCUUCCUUCCGUCAAAUUCGCAAUUUUUUCUUGCGUUAGGGUACAUUGGGUCUCGAAUCAUCCUUGAAAUAUUAGGUGCAUAUUUCACGAUUUUCAACGCUUUUGAUCAAUUGCCCCCUAAGGGUAGAUUCUGUACCAUGUGUUUAUCACAACCCUCAGAAGAGGAUAUUUAUCGAAAGCAUUUAUCGAAGUAGUGAGGUGCUUGGGCAUUCUUUUUAAUACAGAUGGAUGUCUGGGUUAUAUUUAUAGACCCACCGAAACACGAGACCUUAUCGUAGAGAAAAAUGAACGUUUACAACGAAACUCGGUAACGAAUAUGCCUUAGCUCAAUUUAAAAAAAAUUUCCUCUGAUAAGUCGCCUCUUCGAAAAGCACUUUGAUAAGGUAGUUUGUGAAAUGAUGUCUGCAUACUUUGCAUACAUACACCCGACCGGUUUUUUUCAUUUUCCUGAAAAAAUUAUGGUUAUUUUUGCUGAGAACGAAAGAACCCACUUUUCUCUAUAUAUUGGACCCAUUUUCGCUAUAAUUGCUUAUAAAUACUCAAGAGGAUGGCCUUAUUAAUAAGAUAUUUGUGAACUGCUAAUCCUCUACCCGUUCCGUUUCUGAAUUACACGUUAGUGGACAGUAGACCAUACAAAAAGUACCGUAACAUAUGCUUAAGAGUCAACAUAGAGACUCAGAUGGUUAGAGCGUUGACUGUACUAAAGCCUCCCCUCGUUGUUGUGGGUUCGAAUCCCAUCGAGACGCCGAGUUUUUCACAGUUGGGUCAAAGUGAAUCCGUUUUGUAUGAACUAGAGUACAUUAAACACUCGAGUAGUUCAGUUCAGUAUUAGGGGAGAGGUAGGCGAACGUCUUUGAACUCCCUACUGAUUACAAUAACGUCGCAAAAAACACCAUUACGUAAAGAAAGUUGAAAGGAAAAUUAGCUAAAGAAUUACAUACCACAAGCAUGUGACCGCGUGGUAACUACUAGUAUGUAUCAGGGUAUUGUGCGGCAAAAUCGUGAAGUUAUCAAAACUCGUUACUGAAAUGUGUCAAAUAGUAUCGAAACGGACACUUAAACUUUAGCCAGAAUGCACUGGAUCGCACGUUGUCAGCCGACGGCGGAUUUAACUAAACAAUUACAAAGUAGUGUUACAGAACUAUAAGGAGUGGUAUAUUUGGUAGCGUAUAAUUUUCCUGGAGGAUAAUACAAGGGUAGAAAUGUGGUGCUUUCUGAUGGCGUACUGGUACGCAGAAUGAACCCACACCGCAAGUGCGUACUUAAGUCGAUCUUGUCGUAGCCAUCGCACAGAGGGAAAAUGUUUGGUGAGAGCUCGGGAAGAGCGCGUGACGACUACCACUUAAGAAACUCGGCAAGAAUGGAGGAAGGCUGUCCAAUGAACCUAUGCUGCUUUUGUAAAAACCAGAAAUGUAGACGUUAGAGGUAGUACUUCUGCCUCGCUUAUGUUGGAAGGUCGAAUAUACCAGUGGAUGGUGUUUCGCAGGAGGACAAUGAAUGCUGCCUUUUCAUUGUCUUAUGCGAAUGGCAUAAAAGUUGCCGAAGAAUCUUACAAAACAUCUUCGUUAAUACCAGUUCUAAGCCGUUGCUCAAGACAGGGUCAGUUGACCCAUGCGGUUCGACUAACAACGCUAUUAGGUCGCGAUGGGAUAUUUUGUUCGUGAUAGGCAUGAUUCCAGUUUAUGAGCAGCUAUGUGCUGGCAUGAAACGUCCAUUUAGUUUGAGGCAGAAUGCAAUAUUUCUACGGCGUAUUUUUUUCUCCGUUUCGAUGCUGGUUCUUUGCAUGACUAUGCAUACCUGAAAUUAUACGUACCAGAGCGUUGGACGUCACCGCUGUGUGAAGUCUUCAUAUGCCUAUCUAUGCCGAUAAAAUUGCAUGUUUUAGACUAUUCGGCGGAACCGUAACUAUCGGGAGGUAGUGGACCGAGUCCAGAGCACGGGCUCCUCCCGGAAGUCUCGUCGAACCCCGUCCGCCACCGGCCUGCUUGGUGUCUUGCACGUCAGCAGUUCCAGCAGCGGAAGCAGUGGUGGCUGCUCCUCUUCCUCCAAGCUCAUUGCCUUUCCAGUCUCCGGCUCCGCUGCCGCAGAGGGAGGAGAGGACUCAGUUAGAGGCAUGACAGGCAGCACCCAACUGGCAUCCCGAAGUUGCAGCCAUCUGGACCCAGGCACUAAUGCUGGCUCCCACGGACAGCGCCGACAACCAGGUCGACGCAACCCUCCUAAUCCCAACCCCCAACAGCACUGCUCCUCACCCGGAGUGCCCUUUUUCGCCCUCAAUAUCAUCACUCGACUCAUACACCUUGAACUGCAUUUUCCGGAUCGAGUGUCACCUGAUGGCGAGACACUGGUGAAUUUCGCCAAGUGCCGAAGUCGCUGUGAUAUUGUGGAGAAAUUCCUCUGCCACCAACGCCACCCCUACCCCUUUACGCCCGAUCCCCACAUCCAGGUAGGCCUCAGUGCUCGCAAAAUACCGCUUUCAUCUAAGCCGACAAAUGGCCUGAUCAAUUGGUGUGUUUUUCACAAGUGUACGAUAUUCUGCCGUUAGCAGAUUUUCUGAAUGCUAAUCUGGUGUUCAACUUGUUGCUUUUGGUCUGUUGGUUUGACUUCUAGCAAAGUCUUUCGCGUCUUCAUCCCUUUGCCCUACUGGAGAUCUCAUCCACAGAAGACUUCGAGCACCGAAUGUUUAAGCUCUCCAAGUCGUACGAACCGGGCGAAUCAGGCGUACCGCCUGCCGCUGUGGUAAGCCCCCCUUUUUCAACAUUGUCCGUAGACCACUCUGCUAGUCAUGUGCCACCAGUUGGAUUGCUUUUUUCUUGCCUGCAAAUAGGAUACAAUUACUAACCACUAUGGCGGGAAUAAACUCUCAGAUUUACCUGACUGGUUAAGGCUUCCUGAGUGGUUUCGUUAGUCUACGGUAUAAAAUACAAGAAUUGGUGACGUGUACACGUGUCGGGAAGAAGAGUGCAAAGACAUUUCUACGUUCAAGCAUGUGUUUCUCCGACGCUGUCAGGGAGGGUUCAAAACGUCAGAGAAAUGCGAUCUUGAACCAGGAGAUAACCCCCUCUUCCUCUCCACGACUACGUCGUCCUCAUUUAUUUACCGGCAACAGUAGGUUGACUACCUCAUGAAAUGUGUUCUUGGUUCGAAAAGAUUACUUAAAUAGGGUUGCUGUAUUGUCAUGCCGCAUAAUUCCAAAGUAUGCCAGUCACGUCAGGGUGCCAACUUUUGAACGAGCUUCUUUCGACCGCCUCUAAAAACCACACUCCGUAAAAAUGGUUAUUUAAGUAGUGUGAAUCGUUUCCAUCGAGUUUCGGUGCCCUUACUAGUUGAAAUAUAUUUUAUAGAAAACGUGCACAAAACAUUAUAUAUUGUAGUUAGUUGGUAGCAGGUUACGUCUUUAACGUCCUUAUGCUUGAAGACAAGGCGGCUUUCGGUUCUAAAAGACUUUUUUUCAUUUCCUGACUAAUUUUGAGCCCGACCUGCCGUUACACUUGUAUUCAGGGUUCUUAAACUGCAAAUUGUAUUUUCCAUGCAGGGGAAAUUAUACAUUUCCACAGGCUAUUAGGUCAUAAUUAGGAAUUUUGAAAAUUGCAAGAUACCUUUCCUUUAAGCAUAAAACUCAAGGGUGUACUUUGCUACCAAACGACUGCGAGGAUUAGUAUCUUUUGGCGUGUUUUCUACAAAAUACAUUUUGGUUAGUAAGAAUGUCGAAAAUCAAUGUGAAAAAGUCGUGUCACUUCAAUAAUCAUUUUGUGCGGAAAGUGAUUUUUGCAGGCGGCUGAAAAGAAGCUCGUUCAAAAGGCGACACCCUGAGGUGACUGAAAUAUCCUGGGAUUGUGUUGCACGAUAUUUAAUAUUGCAACCAUAGCUUAGUAAUUUCUUCGGAUGAAAAAUACACUUUAGGACUUCGUUAACAAUUAAUGGGACAGCGCAUCCGGGAGACCAGCCCCAAAAAACUUCGCAGUGACAGUUGCAUUUUCCCCAAAUAAUUUAGCUGUUUCCUGCUUAAAUUUAUUGAGCUAACGAUUCCGUGGUUCAGUGCUUACGGCGUUGGACUUAUGACCAACAGGUCACGAGUUCAAACCUGUAAGAUUGUAUAGCUGGCUGUAAGAUUGUAUGGCUGGCUGAUGACGGCUAACAAGGCAGAAAUGGCCGUCCUGACCCCCCUCCCUUGUGUUUGUCGUUUAUGCCAUUCUGCCUAUAUCAUGCGCUGCUGUGCGGUUCCUGGCGGGGCUCGGGAGAGAGCCCUAAGGCACGACGGGACGGGCGAGUCCUGUACUGCGAUCGGUGAGCGCCCUCUAGCGUUUAUGUUGGGCAUACCGGCCGACGACUUGGGACCCGCAUCAACGAAGAUAAGUUGGCCAUCCGCCGACGGGACCCCUUGCCUCUUGUGUUUGCGCACUCCCUUGAGUGUGAUCACCGCUUCAACUGGGAGGGGACCGAAGUGAUCGCUAGUGCCAACACCAAACAUGCGCGAGAGUUCCUAGAAGCUUGGCACUCUAAUAACAAUAGCAUCAACCGCCAUGUCGACCUGACUACGAAGGCUUACGUUCACGGUUCGCCGGCUUGCGCCCACCCUAAGACACCAACUGCUAAUCCAUGUUCGGCCAUGUAGAAUAUCACGGAUUCAGUACCUCCCCCACAGAGUGAACCACGUGUGAAACCCUUAACGUCCGCCACCUAUCCAAACACGUUCUUCGCCCCCACACAUAAACGUCUGUCUUGUCGAUGUAACCUCGAUGUCCCCCUAGCUCCCCAGUAGGAUUACCUCCCUCACACUUUUCAUUUUCGUCUGACAACGGGUUGGUGUAACCGACUUGAAAAUUCACGAGUAUACCUCGAUUUUCCGACGAGCCUUCUCUUUUUAUUAUAAAUACUACUGUUCAAUUACAGUAACAGUUGAGCUAUCGUUUAACAUUUAACGUGGGAUUCCUGAAAAAUCCUAGCAAGCAUUAAAAACUGCGGUCCGUAUUCUGCCGAACGCCUUUUUACCGUCGAAAACCCCCAGAAACCAGCGAAAAUGUGUCUACCACUUAAAGUGGCUUUAGAGACAAAUCUGCAGUGUGUCCACUGUUUCACAAUCAGCCAAACUUAUCAUCAAAGGUUUUUGGUCAUUUUGCCGCCGUGACCGGCAGAUGGUUAUUUGGCAGACCUGAAUUGCUGAAGGAAGCUACUGUCCACAAUAAAGUAUUCUUUAAUGUCAGUCUCAUCUCCUUCAAAGCAGACUUUGGAAACACUACUUUGUUGUGAUUGGCGGCACCCUGCUCUCGAUUUGUAUCAGUUUUCGAUGGUAAUAUUGAACAGACUGAUAAAAAGGAGGUCUCGAAGAAGGCGAUACGAUCGCUGGAACAAGUAUUUUAUUAGCCUGACGUUUCGGAUUUUCACUUGAAUCCAUCAUCAGAGACAGAAUCAGGUAAGGGUAGUGGAUUGUCCCGGUGUUACAAUAUUUAUAAGAUGUAGUUGCUAGGCCGCUACAUGCCUAUCACAGUUGGCAGCUCCGGAGUGCAUCACAGCUCCACUGACGAGGUGUUGAAGUAUGCCGUGGCCAUGCAGUUGCAAUGUGCCUGUAUGCCGGAGAUCUGUUGUCUAGAUAUCACAUGUCUACGAUUCCCACUGAGGGGCAUUUCUCACCGGCACCUCCCUUCAGUUUGCCGUCAAGUCUCAGUAUAUGUCCCAUUUUUCAGGAGCGGAGACUCAGCAAGGAAGCUAUCCAAGCCGCCAACAACCUGGCCAACCAGCCAAUUGCUCAAAAAUUGACAGCAGCAUCUGUCCGCGCAUUUAAGGUGCUGUGCGGUCAAGUACCAUGUCACAGUGGCACUGCAACCAGCAGUAAGUUGGAUCGAACUAGUCCCCGAGUCUCAAGCCCCGUCCAUGGAACGCUGACAACCUCUCCCCCCGGCGAGCCCUCGAGUCCCGUGUCCGUUGUAAACUCUCUCUGGCAAACCAGGCUCGCCCAGCACAGAGAGAACCAAGCUCAUGGGCAGAAAUGUCAGUCGCCAGCUUCUGCAAGGCCGGCUUCGUCGCCCACCGUGUCAGGUAAAUUCUCACCCACUACACUUCCUCAGUUCUUUUUGCAACUUCCCUCUCGCCGACGCCCUUAUAAAAUCUUCUCUGUAUGGCUUCAGUGGUACACCAACAUAGCCAGUCCGACAGCCAGGUGCAGAAGUACAGUAGCAGCACUGAGGACCGAUUCUCCUGUCCAUUGCUUGUCGACAAGCGCCUCGACGAUGACCGGUCUGCUUCCCUGCCUAUCGGUGCCUGUGAGGCGCUUUGCACUGACACGCUGCCGAAUCGCAGUUAUGGCACCCAACGGCGGACCAACAGCCCCUCCCAGCGGCCUCCACCUUUGCCUCCGCGGCGCAGAAGUGCCACCCGCUCCACCCCGGUCUCGCAAAGUCCAACCCCAUUCUGCGUUCAGGAGACGUUUGCACCAACCCGGGUGCCAGUGACUACCCCUCUAGAAGGUGAGGAUGAUGCUGACCUGCCGCCGUUGCCGCCCAAGUCAGUCGGCGCCUCCGCCGCCUUCCAGAGGGUUUGUCCGGCGGCGAGGGAGCAAACUACCUCCUCCCCGGUAUCUCCCCUAUUUUCCAACCCAACUCGGCAGACAGAGAUUUUCGCCAGCCAGCAGCUCCUCUUUGCAGGCGACAGUACGAUUGACUCCCGGCCGCCGCCCCUCCCGCCCCGACGGCACGUCUCCGGCCCUGCGGCCUCGAAUGUCCUUCUGCAGCCACUGAAGCCUACUGUGCGGCUGCCCUGA